UUAGAAAUUCCACCCUGAAGGGAAUCAAAAGGGUGAAAACAUUUGUAUGAAAUUUAUUUAUUUUGGACCUAUUUCGAUAAAAAUUGGUAUAUGGGUAGUUUAAGACCUUGUGAAGGUCAUAAGUUAUAUUUUAUCUCGAAAUCUAGCGCUUAAGGGAUAAAAAUGGGAGUGAAAUUGUUUUGGGGAAUCAAAAUGUUUACAAUUUGAUUUGUCAUAUUAUAAUAAAUCUAUAUAAUAUUAUUUCUAAAGAUUUUGUAAUAUUGUGAUAAAAAAUUAUAUUUGAGUACAUAAAUAAUAUAAAAAAUAACAUUAUAAAUAAAUAUUUUUGAAAUUAUUCAAGUACGAAUUAUAAACUAUAGUUUUUUUGCUAUACUAGAUGGCUUUAAGUAUAUAUCUACAUCGCCCUGUUUUCGUCAAGAUUAAGUUUUCAAAUAAAAUUUAGUAAGAACUUUAUACUUUGCUAAACUGAUAAGUAGCUCGAUGACGUAGUAUGUAAGAGCUGCGAUCCGCAAUAGUUGUCGUUAAGUAACUUACGCAAGGUUCACGUCACGGGAUGGGUGAGCAGAGUUAACGAAAGAUAGGACAUAAAUUGCUAUUAUUGAUUAUACGAAAGUUCAUCAUUGUCAUAGAUAAAAUUAUGAUAUUUAUUUCAGGUUUACACGAAUAAAUAUACAAAAAUAAAUUACUGAAUAAAUAUACGUUUUACAAAUGCUGCUCAAAGUAACUAUACCAUGCGGACGAAGUCGCGUGCAAAAGCAAGUAUUAUAUAAUUAUUAAAUUCAAAAUUAACGAAAACUUUAUACACCAUAUUUAAAUUUAGUGGUAAUUCUUCUUAUCCUGUCUAUAUUUUUUACUCGUUUGUACCUAUUGAAUAGGUGUUAUGAUAUGGAUAUCAGAUAAAAUUUCAAUAAGAUCUGUGAGAGAUUUCCAACAGGUUUAUUCUACAAACAAAUGUAAUGCAAAUAUAUAAAUGAAUACAUUUGAAUUAGAGGUAAACUUUCCGUUUUUUUUUCCUUUAGAGAAAAUAAAAGAAAUAUGCCUUUUUGCCAAAUUAGACACUAGUUUUCUCGUUAUACACUAAAAGUUAUCUUUGAUCAAUUUCGCAGAUUUUAUUGAAUAAUUUUGUUUCUAAUUAGCAGAAUCAAAUGAAAAUGAAAAACUUUUCCAGUUUUCUAACUUUUAUAAAAAUGCCAAAUUACUAUAAAAUAACGAUAAGCAAUUUAUUUUAUUAUUUAACAGAUUGCAAUAUUUUUUGCAACAUUGCUUUAAUUGUUUAAUAAAUUUUAGAUAUUGCACAAGUCAAUUUAAUAUAAUUUAUUUUUAAUAGCUUCAAAUUUGUAUAUAACUUCAAUUUACGCAUUCAUUUUUAACACAUUUCAUUUUAUAGAACGAAUUAUGCAUUGUUAAAACAAUAUAGAAUAACCCUAACUAUCAACUGUAAAACUCAAACAAAUACCGCAGCAAAUGUAGAGUGAUCGAAGUGCCAUGAUGUCUUGUCCUCUCUUGACGUAUUUUAUCUUCGUUUUCAUGUAAGUGUGUUUUCUACAUUUUAAUAAAACACAUUUAUUUUUUAAUUAUUAACAAAAAUUCUUAAAUUAAUAGUAUUAACAAUUCGUAACAUUGUGAUGUGCUUUUGAAAUAUAAUAUUGUGUUGAAUUAUUCAAUUUACUCCGGAUUUUCACAAAUUUUCAUUCUAUUUAUUCCAUUUCCUUUAUCCAUGAAAUAGUUAAAAGUUUUUUUAUAAAUAAGUACAAAAAGUAAGUAGAAUAUUUUAUUAUUUGCCGUCGUAAACCUUUUUUUUUUUUUGCCGAGUACUUAUUGGAGAACCUCUUAAAAAAUUAACCUUGAUUAUUUUUUAUCUUUCUUUUGUGGAAUACAAUAAGGUGUUUCUGUCGUUUAUCAAUUUGAUUUUUUAGUGGUUUAAUAGCAUUUCUUGUUUUUUUUUUCAUUUCAGUUUAUCAAUAUUGAGCGGUGUCUGGUCUAAAAGGGCUCAAGCAACCCGCAGUUUUCCUGAGGAUUUCUUAUUUGGUGCUUCUACUGCCGCAUAUCAAGUCGAAGGUGGCUGGUAUGAAGACGGCAAAGGGUUAUCAAUAUGGGAUAUAGCCACCCACACUGUGCCAUCUCCUAUAAAAGAUGGCAGUACCGGUGACGUAGCUGCUGACUCAUACCACCUAUACAAGAGAGAUGUAGAGAUGAUGAAGGAACUGGGUCUAGACUUUUACAGAUUCUCAAUAUCAUGGUCCAGAAUCCUACCGAAUGGCUUUGCCGACAAGAUCAACCAACCGGGCAUUGAAUACUACAAUAAUCUAAUAAACGAAAUGAUUGACAACAAUAUCACACCGUUCGUUACAAUUUAUCAUUGGGACCUUCCUUAUAAUCUGCAGAAAUUAGGUGGGUGGGCUAAUCCUCUUGUCAUCGAUUGGUUCACGGAUUUCUCUAAGAUUUUGUUUGAUAAGUUCGGCGAUAGAGUUCAAUAUUGGAUGACAAUUAAUGAACCUAAACAGAUAUGCUAUGAAGGUUACGGCAGCGAUAUGAAAGCCCCUUUCCUUAAUGUAACUGGUGUGGCGGAUUAUACGUGCGCAAAGAAUGUGUUACUCGCUCACGCGAAGGCGUACCACUUGUAUGAUAAAGAAUAUAGGAAACUGCAAAAUGGUACCAUUGGUAUAUCUAUAAGCUGUUCGUGGUAUGAACCAGCUUCGGAUAGCGAGAAUGACUACCAGGCCGCUAUGGAUGCAAGACAGUUUGAUUGUGGCCAAUACGCCCAUCCUAUAUUUUCCAAUGAAGGCGACUUCCCAAUCGAGAUGAAGUUGAAUAUAGCGUUAAAAAGUGUAUGGCAAGGCUUCCCCAGAUCCCGUCUACCAGAGCUGUCGGCAGCUGAAAUCGCCUUCAUCAAAGGAACCUCAGAUUUCUUCGGACUCAACGCUUACACCACAAAGUUAACUUACAGAGAAACUUCUUCACAAGGAAUGUAUCCUGUGCCGUCAUAUAUGGAUGAUAUGGGAGCUGUUAUGGUGGCAGACCCGUCGUGGCCACAGUCACAUUCAGCUUGGUUACAGGCGAGUUUGAAUUAUACUUGGUUCUCAGAGAUUGAUCCUAAAUUCUUGUUACCUAUAAGGCUGGUCAUAUGGCAUAAAACGUGGGAACUUGUACAACAUGGCGAAUUUCUGGAAAAUGCUACGGUCAGGAGUAGCUACAUUCUUUGUAUAUAAUCAUUGAUAGGGACAGAUAAGAGGCUCGAAUUACCAAAAAUAAAAGGUUUUUACUAAAAAAAAAAUCUGUUGAUUUGAACCUUAAUACAUCGAUGGUAGAGUUAAAAACCAAUUUCAUAUUUUUGACAUAAAGCCUAAUACCCUUAUACAAUGUAGGUUUUUUAUUUUUAAUUAAGUAUAAAUUAUUGUUAUACCGAUUGAAAAUUGAUUUUUGUGUACAUAACAUAUUCGAUUUAACAGGCAGUUCCUUGGGGUUUCUACAAACUUCUAGUUGAAAUAAAAAACUUAUAUGGAAAUCCGCCAAUUUAUAUAACUGAGAACGGCUGGUCUACUGCAGGUGGUCUAGUGGACGAAGACCGCAUUGCUUACUAUAGAAGCUAUCUGAGCGCUCUGUUGGACGCAGUAGAUGAGGGAUGUGACAUCAGAGGGUAUGCUACCUGGUCGCUCAUGGACAACUUUGAAUGGAAAAGUGGCUACACGUGAGUGUUUAUAUACCUAUAAUAACAAUUUAAUUAAAUUAUACAUCGUUUCGGGAUCGUGAGCAAGCCACCAGUGCUUGCAAUAUUGAAAAUUUAAGAAUUGUAAAAUUUUCUUUAAUACAUUUAAUUAAGGCAAAGGGAACCAAUCCAUACAGCCUAGUAUUCAGUGACAUUUCUUUAGUUUUGGGCCGUCCAUUAAUCACGUGAGGUUAUUUCAACAUUUUGCGACCCCCACUCCCCCUUGGUGAUACAUGGUGAGGUUGAAUAAGACUACCCCCUCCCUCCUUUAACCAA